AACGCACCACGCACCUGUGGGAUCUCGGAGUGGAGCGGUGGGACGCGGCAGGACGCGGCGGAGCGGCAGAACGUCAACGUGCAUGGAGCCACUAGACUGAGCCAUGGACCAGGUCCAUAGGUUUGGUCCAGGUUUAGACCCGGUUUAGUCCAGAUCCAGACCAGGUUUGGUCCAGGUUUAGUCCCUGGAUAGUCUGGCUCAUCCCAGUUCCGUGUCCCUGUGCCUCGUGAGCGCGCUUGUGCUCGCUCCCGUGCACUCUGGAUCAUGGCGGACCUGCCGAAGCACUGGGCUUAUGGCGUGCGCGCGGACGGCCGGGUCUUCUUCAUCAGUGACCGCACGCGGACCACAACCUGGCUCCACCCGCGGACCGGGCUCCCGGUCAACUCCGGACAUAUGAUCCGCUCAGACUUGCCUCGAGGCUGGGAGGAGGGCUUCUCCCCCGAGGGAGCCAGCUACUUCAUCGAUCAUAACGAGAGGAGGACCACGUUCAUUCAUCCUCAAACAGGAGUCGCCUCCACAGAGAACUCCACCUUCAUCCUGCACGAACUACCUCAGUCCAGAGUUAUGUCUAAACCUGAGCUCAGCGACUCGUCCACAAAUGCCUCAAACAACAACAAGGUCCGGUCUGGGUCAAAGCUCCACAGUUUUGGGAAGAGGCAGCUCUCUGUGAAGAGGAACCCAAACGUCCCGGUGGAGGUGCGAGGCUGGCUCCACAAACAGGACAGCAGCGGGAUGCGUCUGUGGAAGAGGAAGUGGUUCGUUCUUUCAGAUUUCUGUCUCUUCUACUACAAAGACAGCAGAGAGCAGAGUGUUUUGGGUUCUAUUCCUUUGCCCAGUUAUGAAGUGUGUCCAGUGGGAGCGCAUGACCACAUCAGCCGCAAGUACGCCUUCAAGGCACGUCCGUGGGCCAUGCGCACACACUUGGACAAACGGAGCUCUCUGAUUGGCCCAUUGUCCAAACGCAGCCCUGUGAUUGGUCCGUUCAAACGCAGCAGCUCUCUGAUUGGCUCACAGGCAGAGCACUCGGGGAUGAGGACGUACUACUUCAGCGCAGAGACCCAGGAGGACAUGAAUGCUUGGCUCAGGGCCAUGAACCGGGCCACACGAGUCCAGACUAAGACCAAGACCCAGGACCGAGACCAGAACCGAGACCAAACCCAAGUCCAGACCGGAGACCAGACCCAGAUCCAGACAGGAGACCAGACUGGAAUCCAGACCGGAGAACUAACCAAGGUCCGAAAUGGGGUCCGAAAAGCCCAGAAUGGGGUCCACUGUGGCACCAACACCUCAACGGACAAAUCCUUAGUCCUUUUGGACUCGACUCAGUCCUCAGAAAAGACCCUGGUCCAUGAAGUCCAAAGUCCAGAUCAGGAUCCCAACCAGGACUCUCCUCUGAAGACUGGACCUAUCUCCAAGGCAGCCACACGACUAACCACGCCCCCUGAAGAGUCAGCUCCUGCUCCCUCUCAGAACAGGUUCCCCGUUUCAACCCCAAGUCCGAUCCUGGAGCCAAAUGGGAUUGCGGCUGGAACAUACCAGACGACUCCACCCCCAGACACACCUCCGGGAAGUGUUUACAGACAGGCCACGCCCACAGGAAGUGCACAGAGACAGGCCACACCCACAGGAAGUGCACAGAGACAGGCCACACCCACAGGAAAUAUACAGAGACAGACCACGCCCCCAGGAAGCAUUUUCAGACAGGCCACACCCCCAAACAGCACCCUGACCCGAAACAGCGUUCGAGAACAAGUCCAGAACUGGGUCAAAGUCCAGAGAGAUGACCGUCGAGACAGUCUCAGACGGACUCCUCCAUCUCAGUUCAGCCCCAUUGAGCCCCCCCUCCAGUACAACGCCCCUGGUGGUCGUGUGGGGGAGUACCGUUAUGCUCAGGACCGCCUCUCUCACUUUGGUCUGUGCGACUCUGCUGCUCCGCCUUCAUUUUGGCGUCUUUACGAGUGGCAGCAACGGCAUCAGUAUCGCCAUGGCAACCCCACAGCACCACUCUACAGCCCCGCCCCCCUACACCCCUAUGGACCACGCCCCCUGGCCUCAGGCGAACAAUCACGAGCCCCAACGCCACGCUGCAUCGAUGUCCCGCCGUCCGCCACUGAUGUCCCGCCCCCUCUGACCUCUGGAACAAUCAGACGGAGACCCCACACACCGGCCGAGAGGCUGACAGUGAGGCCGACCAAUGAGAGAACGGCAGAGGGUGGGGCCUUCACAGCGGCGCCGCAAAGGAGCCAAUCACAGUUCUUCAAGGCAUCGACUCUGGAGAGCAGAUCUCUGCCGGUCUCUGGGUACAUGACUCACACCGUCUCUGCUCCCAGUCUCCACGGCAAAACUCCCGAGGAGCUCACUCUGCUCCUGAUCCAGUUGCGCAGACAUCAGUCCAAGAUGGCAGCUCUCAGACGAGACAUGCACUUCCUGUCCAAUAAGUCGCACUUCCUGUCAGCUAGCCCCGCCCACCGGGUCAGCCCAGGACCCUGCAGCGCUCAGGUGGAUGACUCGUUCCUGCAGUUGAAGAAGGAUCUGGAGUACUUGGAUCUGAAGAUGGGAGCAAAGUCACUUAAGGAACUCAAACCACUUAGAGUGGCAGAAAGUGACAUUGAUGUGAAGUUGAGUCGUCUCUGUGAACAGGACAAAACUCUUAAGGAUUUAGAGUCGAGGAUCAGCACUCUGCAACAGGACAAGGAUCAGUUGGAGGCUGUACUGGCACGCUCUCACCAGCAGAUGGAGCAGUUCUCAGACCCUUUGUCUCGUCAGAAGAUGUCUCUCCAUCAGAAAGUCCUUCAGGAGGAUCUGGUCCAAGUCCGAGCCCAGAUCUCCAGGGCCUACACGGACAUGUCUCGUUCUCUGGAGGAGUUUGUACUCCUAGAAAAAUCUGUGGAACAACUACGAUCUGCUCUACAAACCCAGCUCAGCUCCUCCACACAGGCUGAGAGGGCAGAGCUGAAGAGGGAGCUGUGGAGGGUGGAGGACGUUUUGGCUGGACUCAACCGCAACCGACCCCCCGACCCCCUUGAGCAGAACUCAGAGAGGACAUUAGUGCCUUCAGUUCAAGAGUCAGUGCCUUCAACCAAUCUGCUCCAGACCGUGCCAAGCUGGUCCGAUGCCCCGCCCCCUCCGCGGCCGCCUCUUCCCUGUGGUUUCUAUGAGGAAGACGAUGCCCGCCCUGAAGUUCCGCCCCUUCCCCGAGAGGCCGCUGUGAUUCGCCACACAUCAGUGCGAGGUCUGAAGCGCCAGUCAGAUGAGAGGAGGCGAGACCGGGACGUCGGGGACUGGAAGUUCCAGUCUGAUCUUCGGUCGUUCCUUAGUGAACCAGAGUUGCCGUUGGAGCCUCACAGCACCUCAGGUCUGGGCGGGUCUUCAUCUGGACUAAACCAGAGCUCGGUCUCAGCCUUCGUCACUUUGAGGAGAGGAGACACUCACAAGGAUCGCCCCAAGAGCGCCUUCGAAUGCUCCGCCUCCUCCCCGGCACUAGACUCUGAUUGGCCAUCCCCAGUCCAAUCACGUGGCAGGAUGAGCGCUGACGAGCAGGUGCAGCGUCUCCAGCAGAGGGUGCGGGGGCGGGACAGACAGAGGAGCAUCGGCCAAUCAGAACGCAGUUCCACCACGCCCCGCCCGGAGGGGUUUGAUUGGCAGCAGGAGCGACCAAUGACAGAGGGCCAGAGUGACGAGGGGCGGGUCCAAAGUGAAACAGUCCAAUCAGAGGAGAGGAUCAAGGAGGCAGAGCCAGAGGAGUUUGACUUGGACAUCAGCAAAGAGCUGUCGAGGCCCCAGAAAGUCCAGAUCCCAGAGAGACUAGACCCGGAUUUGGAGGAAGUCCUGAGUCCAGAGGAGCAAAAACAGAGACGAGAGAGAGCAGAACGUAUCAGGAACAUGCUUACCAAAUCCAGGUCCCAGGUCCUCGUUGACUUUCCAGAGCUGGGUGCAGUUUUACAACAACAGCAAAAUAUCAUGAAACAGGCAUCGAUACAAGGAAGACUCCUGAAGACCGGUAAAGCCGCUGCUGAGAGCGACUGACUGUCCAGGACUGACCCUGUCCAGGCCUGACCGGAUGAAUUUAAGACUGGAAAAACAGUUUACUACAGAUUUAUUUAGGUCACAAGCACUUCAUAAGUGUAUGAUUUACUUUCUGUUUUGGGACUGACUGAGCUAACAGCUAAUGGCUAAUGGUUAACAAUGAUGCUGUGUGUUUGUUUAUUCACAAUUUAAUAUAAUGACAAAUAAAGGUCUGAAAUC